AUGGCUGGUUUAGUGUUCCAAGCAGAGGUGGUGGGAGAGAGAGCAUUCCAGUUGUUGGAGAGAGCAUUCCAGUUGUGGGAGAUAGAAUUCCAGUUGUGGGAGAUAGAAUUCCAGUUGUGGGAGAUUGAGUUCCAGUUGUGGGAUAUAGAAUUCCAGCUGUGGGAGAGAGCAUUCCAGUUGUGGGAGAUUGAAUUCCAGUUGUGGGAGAGAGCAUUCCAGUUGUGGGAGAUUGAAUUCCAGUUGUGGGAGAUAGAAUUCCAGUUGUGGGAGAUUGAAUUCCAGUUGUGGGAGAUAGAAUUCCAGUUGUGGGAGAUAGAAUUCCAGUUGUGGGAGAUUGAAUUCCAGUUGUGGGAGAUAGAAUUCCAGUUGUGGGAGAUUGAAUUCCAGUUGUGGGAGAUAGAAUUCCAGUUGUGGGAGAUUGAAUUCCAGUUGUGGGAGAUAGAAUUCCAGCUGUGGGAGAGAGCAUUCCAGUUGUGGGAGAUUGAAUUCCAGUUGUGGGAGAGAGCAUUCCAGUUGUGGGAGAUUGAAUUCCAGUUGUGGAAGAUAGAAUUCCAGUUGUGGGAGAUUGAAUUCCAGUUGUGGGAGAUUGAAUUCCAGUUGUGGGAGAUAGAAUUCCAGUUGUGGGAGAUAGAAUUCCAGCUGUGGGAGAUAGAAUUCCAGUUGUGGGAGAUAGAAUUCCAGCUGUGGGAGAGAGCAUUCCAGUUGUGGGAGAUAGAAGCAUUUCACGUGGAUGAAAUUCGUACAUAUAUGAAUGAAAUACAGCUGCAAGUUGACCAAACCUGCAAUACAGCUGAAAUAUAG